AUGGACGGUGCUGGGCGAGGGCUGGUGGGCGACGAGGGCGCGUGUGUUCUAGAGGGCCAUGGUUGCGCGCGGUGCACGGCCGCGGUGGUUGUGAGCAACACACGGCCUCUGGGAGCAUCAGGUGGAUCUGGCUCCUCCUUUACUACUGCUACUGCUACUGCUACUACUGCUGGUCACGGAAAAGCAUCAUUCACCCUCGCUGCCACCAUUGCCUCCCAUCACCUCUUCUCUCUCCAUCUCGCCACCUGCUCUCCCUGCGUCUGA